CAGACCCAAGACACUCUGAAGACGGCAUGGGAUGGUGUCCAAUCCAUAGAUGUGUUUUCCGGAGGGAUCUACCCGCCCUUUGUCAAAUCCUUUCGGAAACACCUCGCGUUCCACCCUCCGCAGCCACCUCCUCGCUCUCCUUCCCCUCGUCGUAUGUCCUUCCCUCCCCCACCACCCUCCGGCUUCCUACCUCCUUCAUCGACGAGCCCAGCGCCUUCAAUUGCACUGCCUUGAUGCUGGCCGUGGGCGAGGGGCUGGGUGCGAUGGCGAUGAUCCUGGUGGCCCACGGCGCGGACGUCAACCUCCGCGACGACAACGGACUAAGUGCCCUCUAUCUCGGGUGCAUGCGAGGUCAUGCCUCGAUCGUUUCCUUCCUUCUCUACAAGGGUGCCGACCCCACGGUCACGUCGCAGAGGGACAACACUUCCUGCUUGCACAUCGCGGUCCUCCACCACUACGCCCACUGCGUCCAUGCCCUCCUUCACGGCCUUCCACCCGACCUCCGUCAAGCCCUCCUUCAGCACAGGGACGCAUUUGAUCACACCGCGUUAGACUACGCCGUUGAAGGGAGGGACACCCGCAUCGUCAAAAUCCUCCUCUCGGCAGGUGCCGAUCCCUACGCUCCGGGACCGUCUGGACGGAGUGUGGUUGAACAAGCGAAGGCGGAGGAAGACAAGUAGAGGGACGAGGAGGAGGAGGAGG